AUGCAUGAAUCAGAAUCUGUUCCUAGUUCUGUUGGUGCUCAUCCUCGAGAAGAGGAUGUAUCAGAAAUUGUUAUAGAUGGAGCCAAUGAUAUUAUGACUAUUGUGCGAGAGUUACAUGGAAUAGUGGAUAAAAUUAGAAGUCAAAAGAAGAUCGCGGUUACGUUGCCUGAUAGACUUACUGCCGGGGUAUUUAUCUUAAUGCAUGUGAUUAGUAUUAAUUUGAAUCAUUGUGCCAUCGCUGCUGCCCAGCUCUCUGUUAUCCAGGAAGUUGUGGGAGUCUUGCCUGAUGUCAUCUUGCUGCAGGAGCCAUAUUUAAUUAGGGGUAGAGUGGCCUAUGUUAAUAAAAAUUGGAGAGUCGUUGCUUGUUAUGGGGGAAGGACUGCCAUUAUUGUCGUCAAUCAAGAUAUAGAUUUUGUUGUAGAUUUCGAGACUGACGUUGUUACCAGUAUUUCUGCUGUGCUGGGUGAUCAAGAAUAUGGAUUGGUGUCUAUUUAUUUCUCUCCAGCUGAAGAUAUUUCUAUUAAUUUACUUGCAGCUGGAAAGAGUAGACAUAAAGUUAUUGUCAAGAGACCGGAGGGCGUUGCUGGAAAUUUUGAAGAAGUGAAUAAAGCUCAUGCUAAAGUUUAUUUUGAUUUAGAUUAUGAUUUUUUGUUUGAUAUUUCGAAUAUUGAUGAUUCCAAGUUAAAAGAUGAUGAUUUUUGUUUUACUCGUGAUGAAAUUGCUGGAGUGAUUCGACGUCUUAGAGACAAAGCUGCACCUGGAAUUGACGGCAUUCAUUCUGUCUCUGGUAUUGGACCAGUGCAAGGACAAAUUUUAAAUGCUAUUGGCAUUCACACUUGCUCUGAUAUGUGGGAGAAACGUGAUCUUCUUGAUUUACUUUUUUCGGAGACUUCUGUUGAUUUUUAUAUUAGAGUUGCUUUGGGUAUUGGGAGCACAGUAGUUAAAAGUGAUCACGUUCAGAAAAGUAUUGGAAAUGAGCACACAUUUCGAGAAAUCCAUCAUCCUGCUGAUCUCCACAGAAAAUGUCAAGAACUCUGUGAUGAACUGAUAGAGGAUCUAAAAUCACAUAAUAUGCUUGGUAAAGUUGUUAUUCUAAAAUUCAAAACUGCAGAUUUUCAAACACAUACCAGGAAUCAUUCUCUGUCUCACUAUACAUCUGAUGCUGAGAUUGUGUACAAAGCUGCAAAGAAGUUAAUUGAUGCAGAGAUAACAGCUGUUGCCCCCAGACUUUUAAAGCUUAGACUAAUGGGUGUAAGGAUGGCAAAUUUGGUGUAUGAAGACUCUGUUCCUCAGAGCGAAAAACAACUUGUUAAGCUAAAGGAUUUUAUUCAAUCAAAAUCAUUGAAUAUAGAUAAAAAAACUAGUCCAGUCAAAAGCCUUUUAACAAACUUUACCUGUCCUGAUUCUUACACUGACUGUAAAAUUGAUCAUGUUGAUGUUUGUAAAAGUGCAUCAAGCAUCCUAGAAAAUAUUCCAAGAGAACAUUGGAAUAAUAAAUCACUGAACUGCUGUGAUGUGUCUGAAAAUUCUCUCUCAUCACCAAGUUUCAACAAUGGUGUAGAAAUCUCUAGUCCUGUGAUGUCUUAUUCUUGUCCUGUUUGUAGAUUAAAUCAAAAUUUCAACAACCUUAUUGAACUGAAUGCUCAUAUUGACAAUUGUUUGAAUAAAGUGGCUAUUAAAGAAAUACUUGCUGAGGAUUCUUUGGGGAGUUCAAAAAGGAAAUUACCACAACACAAAAAGCAGAGCUUGAAAAAGAUAAAGACUGAAAAGAAGAUUGAAGAAUAUUUUCGACGAAAUGUAAUAUAAUAUGUAUGUAUAUAAAUAUAUAGCAAUUUUAUUUAGACAAUUUAUAAUAAAAGAUUUUAUGAAUGUAUUAUUUAAA